CAGUUGUACUGUCGCACCGGCUUCCACCUGCAGAUCCUGCCCGACGGCAGCGUGCAGGGCACCCGGCAGGACCACAGUCUCUUCGGUAUCCUGGAGUUUAUCAGUGUGGCAGUUGGACUGGUCAGUAUUAGAGGUGUAGACAGUGGUCUUUACCUUGGAAUGAACGACAAAGGAGAGCUCUAUGGAUCGGAGAAACUGACUUCUGAAUGCAUCUUUAGGGAGCAAUUUGAAGAGAACUGGUAUAAUACCUAUUCAUCCAACGUAUAUAAACAUGGUGACACUGGCCGCAGGUAUUUUGUGGCACUUAACAAAGAUGGAACUCCAAGAGAUGGUGCCAGGUCCAAAAGACAUCAGAAAUUUACACAUUUCUUACCUAGACCAGUGGAUCCAGAAAGAGUUCCAGAGUUGUACAAGGACCUGCUGAUGUACACUUGAAGUGUGACAAUGCCUUUAUGGAAGAACCAAACCACAACUGACCUUUCUCAUUGCAGUUCACAUCAAAAGCAAACAA